AUUAAGACUUUUUAAAUUAUUCUUUUAAAUAUUUAGGCAAGUACUCAGUCAUCUUAAGCAGCAGAGCAUGGCUAAGAAAUCGAGACAGAUUGUGGAGGAAUCCUUUAAGAACUGGACAAAAGCAAUCAUAAACAUCGCUUGUGGCUUGAAUCACAGUAAGGAUGUGAGAGACAUUUUUCUAGACUUGGUAGAGAAGGUGACAGAGCCCUGCCUAGCUGGGGGUCUCACUGCUCCAGACAUGAACACAUUCCUCAAUGCCUACAAGGACACUAUUGUCAAAAUGGACGUCUUCAGACACCAGCCUCAUAUGUUAGUGGUUUGGGACAGGUACAUGAAGACUCUAAUUCUUUGUGUACUACAGAUCUACCAUACCUGACAGUCAUUAAUACAGGUCCAAUAUAAGACAAACAAGUUCACAGAUGGCUGCUGGUGUUACCUGUAACUGAUAAUUCUCUGUAGUUAAGCACAUACCUGAGAACAAAUGUUUAUUAUUCAGUGUAUAUUCAUAUAAUAGUGAGGUGGAAAUGGAUGAUAGGUAUCAAGAUCACAAGAUGUCAUGCCUAGAGUCAAGGGAGUCCACUGUUCAAACAAAUGUCUAUUUUAUAAAGUGAUGUUCACUUGUGUAUUUGUCUGAUUUUAUCAAAACUCUGCAAUAAGAUGUGUGUUAAUGUGUGUUAAUGAAUCAUAAUUGAUUCAAUUAUUAUUUUGAUGAACAUGGGAAACUGUCUGAAAUGUUCAGAGAUUUUUGUUGUACAGAUGUAUUGUUAGAAAUUAAAUUUCAAGGACGUCUUUAAA